AUAUCAACACCCAUCUCAAAAAAUAUAAAUCAUCACGCCGGAUUACGAUACGACCUCAGACUUCGCAACUACCCUGAGCUCAUCACUCCCACCAGUGGCAGCCGUUGAUACAAGCAGACACAACCGAUCGACGACAAAAUGACCACAUCAACCACCAGCCCACCCGACCCAAGCGCAUCGACAUCAACCUCGACAUCAACGUUACCAUCAACAAUCCCAACCCGCCUCCUCCUCCUAUCCGACACCCACAUCCGCUCCCGCUCAAAGAACCCACUCCCCUUCCCCGUCCCCUCCAUCCCCGGGGGCGCAGACAUAGUAAUCCACGCAGGCGACAUAACCGACUCCUCUAAGCUCUCCGAAUUCAGUCUCUGUCUGUCCUACCUGCGCCAACUUAACGCCCCUCUCAAGCUGAUAAUAGCCGGCAACCAUGACUAUACAUUGGAUCUACCCGUGUACAGCCAGCGUGUUGAAGCGCAAUCGAAAUCUGCGGGAAUGGGGCAGUUAACGUUACCGAGGAGGAAGGGAUUAGGGGAGGUGGGGGAGGCGAAGCGAUUGCUUGAAGAAGCUAGAAAGGAUGGGAUUUUUUAUCUCGAGGAGGGAACGCAUCGCUUUGAGCUGGCCAACGGAGCGAGGCUAGUGGUGUAUGCAUCACCGGCUACGCCGGCUUUUGGAAGUCAAGGGUUCCAGUACACGCAAGAGGAAGGACACGUUUUCGACGUCCCGCCUGAAGCAGAUGUGGUAAUCAGUCAUGGGCCGCCGAGGGGGGUGUUGGAUGUCAGUCGAUUGACGAGGACGUCGUGCGGGAGUGUGGAGUUGUGGGAGCGGGUGAAGGAGGUGAGGCCGAGGUUGCAUGUAUUUGGACAUAUUCAUGAGGCGUGGGGUGCGGCGGUUGUGAAGUGGCCACAAGCUCUGGCGGGAGGAUGGGAAGGUGAUGAUGGGAAGCACAAGGGGCAUAAGGCUAAGGGAGCGGAGAUGACGGUGUUGGUAGAUCGGGGGAGUGUUGAAGAGGGGUGGGAGGAUUCGAAGGAGGAGAGGAAGCAGAAGGAGGAGAGGGUCGAGAGGAUUGUUCGGGAUGGGUAUUAUCCUUUGAAGUACCCGGAAAGGGAGGGGGCUGCUGAGCAGACACUGUUUGUGAAUGCCGCAGUCCCGUAUGCUCCGGGGUUCGUGCCUUGGUUGGUGGAUGUUGAGCUUCCGAGGAGUGGUAUGGAUGUGGAUGGGAAGGGAGGAAGUACAUGUGCGGAAGAAAGGAGUGGUGAAACGAAUACGCGGUCACGAGGGUGUAUGUCUACUACACUUGAACAGUUGCAGAUCAGUUGAGCUCAGUGACAAAUAUGACCCAAAACAAUAGACUUUGAUACAUAGAGGUAGACAUUCUCUUCAAUCAUCGUUUUCUCCCUACACCUCCAGAUCAGCCGCCUAUUCCAAC